AUGGACAAGGCAGAAUGGAAAAUAACCGUUGACCACGUGAAGAAGAGGCAGCUAAAGAUUUUGAAAGCAUUCUUAGACUUUUAUCAUCUCUUUAGUGAAACUUUAAAGGACUUUGAUAUAGACUGUGAAAGAGGACCUGUGUUUUGGAAAAAGGCGGAAGGAUUUUUGAGCACUGGGGACCAAGCAGCAAAAGGAAACUAUGGCCUCCUUGAUCUAAUUCAAGCUUUGCGAUGGACUAGUGAAAAUAUUGGGUUCUUUGGUGGUGACCCAUUAAGAAUAACUGUUUUUGGAUCUGGUGCAGGCGGUUCAUGCGUCAAUCUGUUGACUUUAUCCCAUUAUUCUGAAGGUAACCGUUGGAGCAAUUCAACCAAAGGACUUUUUCAAAGAGCAAUAGCUCAAAGUGGAACAGCUCUCUCCAGCUGGGCAGUUAGUUUUCAGCCUGCAAAAUACGCUAGGAUGUUGGCUACAAAAGUUGGUUGCAACAUGUCAGACACUGUAGAAUUGGUAGAAUGUCUGCAGAAGAAGCCUUAUAGAGAACUUGUUGACCAGGACAUUCAACCAGCAAGAUACCAUAUAGCCUUUGGACCAGUAAUCGAUGGCGAUGUGAUACCAGAUGAUCCUCAGAUAUUGAUGGAACAAGGAGAAUUCCUCAAUUAUGACAUCAUGUUGGGAGUUAACCAAGGGGAAGGAUUAAAAUUUGUUGAAAAUAUUGUGGACAGUGAAGAUGGCAUAUCAGCUAGUGAUUUUGACUUUGCAGUUUCUAAUUUUGUCGAUAACUUAUACGGAUACCCUGAAGGCAAAGAUAUAUUGAGGGAAACUAUUAAAUUUAUGUACACGGACUGGGCAGAUCGACACAAUCCUGAGACCAGAAGGAAAACACUGCUGGCUUUGUUUACUGAUCACCAGUGGGUUGCACCAGCAGUGGCUACAGCUGAUCUUCACUCAAAUUUUGGAUCGCCUACGUAUUUCUAUGCCUUCUACCAUCAUUGCCAGACAGAUCAGGUACCUGCCUGGGCAGAUGCAGCCCACGGAGAUGAGGUUCCUUACGUACUAGGAAUCCCCAUGAUUGGUCCUACUGAAUUAUUUCCUUGUAAUUUCUCCAAAAAUGAUGUCAUGCUAAGUGCGGUGGUGAUGACAUACUGGACCAACUUUGCAAAAACUGGUGACCCAAAUCAACCAGUGCCGCAAGAUACAAAAUUCAUCCAUACGAAACCAAAUCGUUUUGAAGAAGUAGCAUGGACCAGAUAUUCUCAGAAAGACCAACUGUAUCUUCACAUUGGAUUAAAACCACGAGUUAAAGAACAUUAUAGGGCCAAUAAAGUGAACCUUUGGUUGGAACUGGUACCUCAUCUGCACAAUCUUAACGACAUUUCACAGUAUACCUCUACCACAACUAAAGUGCCAUCAACUGAUAAUACUUUCAGACCAACAAGGAAAAAUUCUGUUUCUGUUACUUCAGCCUUUCCUACAGCCAAACAAGACGAUCCCAAACAACAGCCAAGCCCGUUUUCAGUGGAUCAAAGGGACUAUUCAACAGAAUUGAGUGUCACUAUUGCAGUUGGUGCAUCUUUGCUGUUCCUGAACAUUUUGGCCUUUGCAGCAUUGUACUACAAAAAAGACAAGCGGAGACAUGAUGUUCAUAGGAGAUGUAGCCCACAACGUACUACUACCAAUGAUCUUACCCAUGCACAAGAAGAGGAGAUAAUGUCCCUCCAAAUGAAGCACACUGACUUGGAUCAUGAAUGUGAGUCCAUCCAUCCACAUGAGGUGGUUCUUAGGACCGCCUGUCCCCCAGACUACACGCUAGCUAUGAGAAGGUCUCCUGAUGAUAUUCCCUUAAUGACACCCAACACCAUCACAAUGAUCCCCAACACUAUACCAGGGAUUCAACCCCUACACACAUUCAAUACAUUUACUGGAGGACAGAACAAUACUCUGCCCCAUCCUCAUCCCCACCCCCAUUCACACUCAACAACCAGGGUAUAGCCAGACAAGAUGAAACAAACUUUAUUUUUUGAUGGAUUACAGUAGGUGAUAUUACUGAAGAUUACUUGGCUUUCAACCUACAAGACUCUUACUAUUUAAAUAUGGAGGAAUAUUAUGUGAAUAUACAUAUCAAGAACUUUUGGGGUUUUGAAAAAAAUGAAUUGUACAUAUAUCAAAUGAACUUAAGAAACAAACAAAACAAAACAAAAAACAAAAAAACCCAACUGUUUGCAAUUGCUUGAAGCAGUUGUCCUGAAUGAUACUUUUUCAUUCACAUUCAAGUAUUAAUUUUUUGAAGAUUUAAGUUACAUAAUGGAAUUAGGCAUGUGCAACACAAACAGGAAAGAACUAUGACUGAAAAUUUUAAAAACCUAUAAAUAUGCACAAGGGACACACUAAUGGAAUGUCAGAUAAUUUUCACCAAUUUUUAUUUGGACCUGUUUUCUUGUGUAGACCAUAUUUACAUAUUUGAAUAAGUACACAAAGCACCAAUGCUGUUAAGGCCUUAGAAAGGGGCUCAUGCUGAAAUCUGCCAGUCAAAGAAGUUUUACAGCCUGGCAGGUACAACAUUAUCACAUAAGUGCUGUCAGUAUAAAGUUGUGGGAAUAAAGGAAACUGGAUAUUUUUAGCACGAUGUGCAUGAUAAUUUAUAUGCUUGGUGGCUGUGCUGCUGAUUAAGCCGUAAUUAAAAUUCUUAUCAUCCCAUUGGAGUUUUUAAUAGAAGCUUUCUCCAUCAAUUGGCACAACCUAAAGAAGUUUUUUAAAGGGGCAAAAGUAAUUACAGUAAAAUAUUUCAGUUUAGCUUCAGAAAAGGAAGGAAUUGCAACGGUUCUUAAAGGUUUUUAUGGCAUUCUAGGUAUACAGCGGUGAACCCUCGCUGAUAUGAAUCCCAGACAAAAAAAAUCUGUAUUAUUAAUGUUGUUCUUCCUUUCCACCUAAAUAAUUUCUAACUUUAACAUAACUAUAACUUUAAUGGAACGUCCUUUGAUGAAGGAUCUAUAAUCUGCUGUGAUUUAGUUACGAUUUAUUUAGUUCAAAUUGGUAAGGUAAAGUGUGUCCAAAAAUUUAAUUGCGGUGAUAUUUUGCAAUAUGAAAAUGCCCCACUAUUACUGCUCUGAUUACACCUUUCAGUUUAUUGUUUAAACUCAUGUUGCAUGUUACAAAGUUUACUUAUAAUACUUUAAUAAAAAGUUAAUUCCCUUUUUGCUAUACGUUAGCUUUGCCAUUCAAAUGAAUUCUCUAGACCAGAUGGCAACAGUGUAGAAAAAGAGGGUAUGUAAGAACGGGCAGAGAGCAAACAACUGGAAAUUUUAAAAUCUGAAUACUACAUAUGUUUGUGUGAUUUGCAAUGAAUGUUCUAAAAUCACAAGAAAUUUUCCAUUCCCCUGUUGCUUUCCAGUAAUUAUAUACCAUGGUCCUUUCAAAAUGUUUGUAUAUGUAAUCAGAUGUACAUUUAUAUAAAAGAAAUAAUUGAGAUGGACUUAAGAGCACAUCCCUGAUAAAUACUUUCUCUCUUACCUGUACUAUAUUUCUAUUAGACUAAAGUUAUGUGAUUUUUUUUUACAUUUUUUCAAAUUACUAGCAAUUUUGAUAGUUUGUAAGAUAAUGCGAAGAACUUUCUCUGACAAACUAACUGCAGUAACAGAAACAUUUCUUUUCAGUUACUCUUUUUCAAGAAUGAAAGCUUAUUACACACAAAAAUUGUAUACUACUUGAUGGAAAAUUACUUUGUACUUCUUGGCCAUAUUACUGGUCACUGAGUGAAAUAAAGAUAAUCUGGAUAACGAA